AAAAAGGUUUCUUCCCUAGCAUUUUCUCCCAACGGUCACACCCUCGUCUCGGGAGCCGAGGACAAUAUUGUGAUUGUCUGGGAUAUCCGACGUGGAUGUGCACUUCUACGUCUCGAAGGACAUACUGGGGAGGUAGAGAAGAUUGCAUACGCCCCUCACGGCGCACUCAUCGCUACCGCCUCCAUCGACCAUUCCGUAAAAUUUUGGGACGCAUUAACUGGAGCAUGCCUGCAGUCCUUCAGCGUUAACGGGAGGGUGUAUGAGCUAGCCUUUUCUCCGGACAACUCGCGUUUCUAUAUCAGGCUAAACGACACCUAUUCUAUCUAUGAUACCAAGACCUACGUUCGCGUUGGUUGUGUCAGCGCAACUGGGGCGAUGUCGCGCCAAGGCGAUCACAUAGUCACGACCACCAAAACGGACAAGGUUCGAAUCAAAGUUUGGAGCGCAAUGACUGGUCAAGAGCUUCUCGCGAUCGACGAACAGAGAGAGCUGUUGAAUCUUGUGGCACUCUCUCCAGAUGGGGCCGAGAUAUUGGUAAUUGGCAAGGCAGACGAAACAGCCACUACGUAUGAUUCGCGGACGGGCCAGCUACGCCGUACCUUCAAAUUAGCAAGUACACCAUGUCAUGCGACAUACUCUCCGUCCGGAGACUGCGUGGUCUUCAUCGAUACAUACGGAAAUGUCGACAUCUAUGGCGCGAAGUCCGGUACAUUCAUCGGGAAGGUUGAAGGGUGCAGCGGCGACUCCAAUCAUGUUAAAGCUCUGCCUUUACCUGGCAGUCAGACCCUUCUGAUACGUGAUGACGACAACAGACAUCUCCAUUUGUAUAACAUUCAAGAUCUACUGCGAAUACGAUAGUACGCUGUUACUUACCUAGUAUUACGUUACAAGCAAACAUGGGCGAAUGUAAAAUACACUUUGGAUCUCAGAAGCCGGU